GUGAAAGCAAAGUUAGCAAACCCGGCUCACUUUGAAAGUCAGAUUAAACGGAAGUACGAUAAACAGUCGGGCCGAGGCACGGCUGAGGCAACAGGGCCAAAGCAGAAGUCGGGAAACGGGAAGGCGACUGACUGAAGUCCAGAAGAUGAGUAUGUGUGUGGAGGAAGGCAGAGCAGAGCCUUUUGUGUCCGAAUGUCCCUCUGAGACGAGUGACUGUUCCAGAAACAAACCCCCAGAGUUCAGUGAUGGACCUGGACCCUCAGACACAAAAGGUCGUGACCUGACGCAGAGAGCAGAGUCCCCAACACCCAGCCAUUUGUCUAUGAAGAGUGACAACUCCAAAAAUAUCACUCCAGACUUCAGUAUUGGACCUAGACCUUCAGACACAAAAGGUCGUGACCUGACGCAGAGAGCAGAGUCCCCAACACCCAGCCAUUUGUCUAUGAAGAGUGACAACUCCAAAAAUAUCACUCCAGACUUCAGUAUUGGACCUAGACCUUCAGACACAAAAGGUCGUGACCUGACGCAGAGAGCAGAGUCCCCAACACCCAGCCAUUUGUCUAUGAAGAGUGACAACUCCAAAAAUAUCACUCCAGACUUCAGUAUUGGACCUAGACCUUCAGACACAAAAUCCAGAUCAAGUCCUGGACUGCACACUCCCAGUCCCUCCAGCAUAGCAUACAACAGUCUGCAGAACGUUUUAAAUGAGCAUAAAUCCAAUCUGAGAGAGAGAUGUGAAUUUGUGAAAGAAGGAAAUGCUGCAACAGAAAAUGGAACUCCCUUCAAAAGUAUCUACACUGAGCUCUACAUCACAGAGGGACAGAGUGAAGGGGUUAAUACCCAACAUGAGGUUUGGCAGCUUGAGAAAACAUCCAAAAUGGAGUCCCUCCAUGACACCCCAGUCAAGUGCCAUGACAUCUUUAAACCUUUACCUGGCCAAGACACACACAUCAGAGUUGUAAUGACACAGGGCGUUGCUGGCAUUGGAAAAACCUUCUCAGUACAGAAGUUCACUCUGGACUGGGCAGAGGACAUGGAAAAUCAAGAUGUCAAUCUUGUGAUUCUGAUUUCAUUCCGGGAGCUGAACCUGAUCAAAGAUAAGCGGUACAGUCUUCUAAUGUUGCUCAGUGUUUUCCAUCCAACAUUACAGACGGUCACAGCUGAGAAACUCGCCAUCUAUAAAGUUGUGUUCAUCUUCGACGGCCUGGAUGAAAGCAGACUUUCAUUGGAUUUCCAGAACAAUGAGGUCGUGUCUGAUGUCACACAGACAGCAUCAGUAGACGUGCUGUUGACAAACCUCAUCAAGGGGAAUCUGCUUCCCUCGGCUCUCCUCUGGAUAACUUCCAGACCUGCGGCAGCCAAUCAGAUCCCUCCUACGUGUGUUAAUAGGGUAACAGAAGUCCGAGGGUUCACUGACCCCCAGAAGAAGGAGUACUUCACAAGGAGAUCCAGUGAUGAGGUGAUGUCCAGCAAAAUUAUCUCACACAUCGAGGCAUCCAGGAGCCUCCACAUCAUGUGCCACAUCCCAGUGUUCUGCUGGAUCACAGCUACAGUUCUGGAGCACAUGUUGACUAAAGACCAUAGAAGAGAGCUGCCCAACACCCUGACUGAGAUGUACUCCCACUUCCUGCUGGUUCAAAUAGAGAGGAAGAAGCUUAAGUAUGGUGAUAUACAUGACAUGAGUACACAGGAACUGAUGGAGACUGAGAAGGAAGUUCUUCUGAAGCUGGGCAGGCUGGCGUUUGAACAUCUAGAGAAUGGCAAACUCAUGUUCUACCAAGAAGACCUAGAGGAGUGUGGUCUUGAUAUCAUAGAUGCCUCAGUGCUCUCAGGAGUGUGCACAGAGAUCUUCAAAACAGAAUGUGUGCUCUUCCACAGAAAAAUCUACUGCUUCGUUCAUCUUAGCAUUCAGGAGUUUCUUGCUGCAGUCUACAUCUUCCACUGUUACACCAGCAGGGACACAAAGGUGUUGAACAAAUUCCAGGAAAAAGUCAUUAAGAGACAUGACAGCAGUGGACAACCUUUGGAUUACUUUCUAUGGAUAGCAAUGUCCAAAGCCCUGCAGAGUGAAAAUGGCCACCUGGACCUCUUUGUCCGCUUCCUUCAUGGACUCUCACUAGAGUCCAACCAGCUUCUCCUACGAGGUCUGUUGGGUCAGUCUAAUAGCAGUCCGGCAAUCAUCCAGAGAGUGAUCAACAACCUGAAGAUGAACAACUGUCCCUCUCCUGACAGAAGCAUCAAUGUCUUCCAGUGUUUGAUGGAGAUGAACGACCACUUGGUAUAUAAGGAGAUCCAAGAGUACCUGAAAUCAGACAGCAGAUCAGAGAAGGAAAUCUCUAUGAUCCACUGCUCAGCUCUGGCCUACAUACUGCAGAUGUCAAAGGAGGUUCUGGAUUUGCUGGACCUGAAGGCGUACAACACACUGAUGGAGGGACGAUGGAGACUCAUCCCAGCUGUGAGGAACUGCCGGAAGGCUCGACUUCCUGGCUGUCAACUGUCAAAGACUCACUGUGGAGUCGUGGCCUCAGCUCUUAAGUCCAACCCCUCCCAUCUGAGAGAGCUGGACAUGAGUAACAACGACCUGGAGGAUGAAGGAGUGAAUCUGCUGUCUGCUGCACUGCUGAGUCCACACUGUCAGCUGGAGAUUAUGAGACUUAGUCACUGCAGCUUGUCACAGAGCUGCUGUAAUUCUCUGGCCUUGGCCCUGAAGUCCAACCCCUUCCAUCUGAAAGAGCUGGACCUCAGUGAAAACGAGCUGCAGGAUGCAGGAGUGAAGCUGCUGUCUGCUGGGGUGGAGAGUCCAAACUGUAGACUGGAGAUCCUGAGACUGAAUAAAUGCAGCUUGUCAGAGAGCUGCUGUGCUUCUGUGGCCUCGGCUCUGAUGACUGCCUCCCAUGUGAAAGAGCUGGACCUCAGUGAAAACAAGCUGCAGGAUGCAGGAGUGAAGCUGCUGUCUGCUGGGGUGGAGAGUCCAAACUGUAGACUGGAGAUUCUGAGGCUGACAGACUGUCAGGUCACAGAUGAAGGCUGUGCUUCUCUAGUCUCAGCUCUGGAGUCCAACCCCUCCCAUCUGAGAGAGCUGGACCUGAGUGAAAACUAUCUGCAGGAUGCAGGAGUGAAGCUGCUGUCUGAUCUUAAGGACAGUCCACAGUAUGGACUGAAGUCUCUGAGGCUGUACCAUGUGAGAGACUGGGUGACAGCUGACAGCCUUAGAAGAUAUGGCUGUUCUCUCACGCUGGAUCCAGACACAGCACACAAAUACCUCUGUCUGUCUAAAGACAACAGAAAGGCGAUGGCAGUGACAGAGGAGAUGUCCUUUCUGUAUCGAUUUGACCAGAUGCCUCAGGUUCUCUGUAGGGAAAGUCUGGUUGGGCAACGUUACUGGGAGGUAGAGUUUAGUGGAAAGGUGAAUGUGGGGCUGACCUACAGAGAAAACAAUGGAAACAGUGACCCAUCGUGGAGCCUCUGCUGCACUGAGGACACCUACGCUGCCACUCACAACAGGAACAUCACCACCAUCCCUGUUCAUCCCUCUGGAUCAAACCGAGUAGGAGUGUAUCUGCACUGUUCUGCUGGUACUCUGUCAUUCUACAGAGUCUGCUUCGACAAACUGAGACAUCUCCACACCUUCAACAUCACAUUAACCAAGCCUCUCUACGCUGUGUUUGGGCUGUCGUUGUCAUCUUCUGAAUCCAGUCUUACUCUGAUACCAGUUCCUUAGGUCGUUUUCACAGCUGUAGGCCAUUUGCUGAGGUUGGAAUCAGUGGAGUAGUUGAUACUUUGUUGCAUUUGCUUUGGAGCACAGAUGUAUAAAGAAAUCAAUCACGUGUCCAUAAUGUGCACCUGAACCACAUCAGUGGCUUCAGUCCAAAAGGCAUGGUGCUUCCUGUAGUCAGGUCAAAUCUCACAUUCACACAACAAACAAGCCACUCCAGAGUUGGUUUGUAACCGUCCCGAGAGAACCCACCUCCUCAACAGGGUCUAAGUCUGGUUGCUUUGGUCCAACCAGAGUGAGAUUGAUGGUUUCACAUCUGCCUGAAUGAACUGCACUAAGGGGGUAAAUGCAUCAAAGUUUAAUUCAGGCGGGCAGUAUUCCGUAUUCCGUGUUCACUUCUGGGGGCGUUUUCGCCCCCAGAAGUGAACACGGUGAACAGUAUUGUAGCGGUCAUUUUUGUAGCAUCAUUGUGGUUUAGACCUCAGUAAUUCUUCUACUCCACAGGCUGACUUUUUGUGUGUGGAAAAACAUGACCCCUUCCCACCCCAGCUUUGUCAAACCGUGUCAAAAAGCAAAAUCCAUGAGCUAAACCAUGAGCUUCAUCAAAAGACAGCAGCUAAAUCCAUGACAUGUAUUCAGUAUUAUAUUAUAUUGUAUCCUGGAUCGGUAGCAGGACUUCCAGAUUGAAGAACUCCUUCUUUUGAACUGCCAUCAGACUCCUGAACAGCUGACAGGAGUUACAGUCAUGGACUACCUCAUAUAAAUAGAUUGCACACAUACAGUCUGCACAUUCAUUCAUUCUAACUUUGCACAUUUUGCUGAUAGCCACACAUAGCUGAUCUUUUGUUGCACAUAGGUAUACAGUUGUCCGUCGCGUGUGUGUGUUGUGUUCCAAAGCUCUGUGAUGAGUGUUAUUAGUGUCUAUUGGUUUGUAAUGCUAACUGCCUUACACUGUUAAAAGGGGUUAUGUGAUUAUCUCGUAAGUAUAAAUCCUUUGUGGGGUUUGACUUUAACACUUUAACACUGGCAGACUGCUGCAGUUUAAAAGUCAAUUGCAAACACCAUGGAACAUGAAAGCUGCUGGCAAGAAAAUGGGCACUGUCUGCUCAUCAUACUAAGGUUAAAAAAAAUCACAAAUGUUUGAAUGGCUCACAAGUGAGUGUUACGGUUAUUUGGUGUCACUGAGAACUGAAUUGUCUUUUUCCAGGGAGAUCUUGCCAAGACAUUGGCAAAAAAUGAAGAUGCAGACAGGGUUGGGUCAGAUUAAAUUGAAAUGUCUGUUACAAAUUACAAAUUAUAUAGCAGUUUUUGUAAUUAGUAAUGUAAUCCAUUCGAUAACAAAAAAGGACUAAUCUGAAUAUUUAUGGAUGGAGGUGUAUGGUGUGUGAAGUUUGUGUUGCUGCUUUUAAUCAGAGGCCACAUGAAAGACUUUGCUCUCGUUAUGCAAGAGGAGCACUUACGCAACAUGUUCAUCUUCUAUUUUCAGUGUAAAUAAAAAGGAAUAAAAACUCAAUUACCCAUGAAUCAUCAAUAAAAGACAAAAAACACAUUUGAGUUAUGUCACCACUAACAAAAAUGGCAACCUGAGAGGAGUAACUUGCUGGAGGCUACGGUAGAACAUAUUCAGCAUUUAGCAUUGUUCAAAUCAAAUUAUAUUCACAAGAACAUGCCGGCAUAAAUGUCUACAGGUCUACUGUAUUAUUUCUUUUCUUUUCAUUUUGUUUUUGCACAUUUUUGUUUGGCUAUAGGAAGGAGUCUGCUAUUGUCAAUUUCUAUAUUUUAAAGACAUAAACAUGUAAUCAAGUAAUCCAUGACAUUGCACAUUUUUUCAAAUGUAAACUGGGUUUAUUGUAGUCACAUUCUUGUAAUCUGAUCGUGCAAUCCCAACGAAUUUAACCCUGAAUUUUUCCACCUUAGCCUGCAGUCUUUACACUUUGAAUAAAUCUAAGAAUGCAAUCAAAUAAUCCAGAGUG